AUGUGGAUGCCUAUUUAUUCUAUAGAUGUGGCAGCUGUUCCAUGUGGACGUGACCUUUUGGUGAAUUUGUGCCAAGACCUUCUGGAGACCUGGAUCUGCCUUCUUGGGUCCAUCAGACCAGGGACCUGCAGCCGUCUAAGAGUGUGAGGAUAAAUAUCUCUAUAUAAUGUGACUGUCUGUGCCCCCCCCCCGUCAGAUCAGAGUGUGGAUAAAUAUUUCUAUAUAAUGUGGAUGUCCGCGCCUCACCCCCCCAGUCAGAGUGAGCAUGAAUAUCUCUAUAUAAUUUGACUGUGUGCGCUCCGCCCCAUUCCCUGGUGUCCCUUGGUAUAAUGUUGAUGUCUCUCUCUUUCUGUCUGUCUUUCUCAGUGUAAUGUUGAUGUGUCUCUCUCAGUAUAAUGUCUCUCUCGGUAUAAUGUUGUCUUGCUCUCUCUCUCUCAGUGUUAUGCUGAUGUGUCUAUAUAAUGUCUCGAUUAAUCGUAAAGGCCUGUCCUGGCUGAGUCAGAGCUUGCCGUUCAUAUCACAGCUCCAGAUACUAUUAACGGGUGAGUCUAAUAAUUAUAUCAUUAUUGUACAUAGCGUGUAAAGGUCCCUUUUCAUGUCUACGUGUGCGGCCACGCGCUUUGCAUCCAGAGCCCAAGCCGACAACGACAAGCAACCUUUGAAUGUUGCCAUUUAUUCUUUCCAGCUAGCACCGGGACCAUGUCAGUGAUUUGAAGUGGUUAUGGAGUUUGCAGUUUUGAUUAAUCCCUCUCAUUGGCCAGCCUGGAAAAAUGCUUCCUGGCAAAUAUUGACAGACGCUCAUUCAGUGGCUGGGAGUAGUCAGCGGACACACUCAGCCAAUCAAUGAGUGGCAGGAUUGACAUCUUACUUUUGCUGCUCUGCAGAGGAAAGAUGUCAUAAAGCUGCCUUCAGAGCAGGAGCCUGCGGAGACCCAGGUUAGAGGACAACGUGCUUACCAGGAAACAGUGCAAGGGUACUCCCACCAUCUGUAGUGGUUGUGGUGGGUGGAGUAAGGCUUUAUCUAUUAACCAGUGUCUCCCCUUUACACCUAUUACACCUAGCACUUUUCUCCUCUUCCCACAAUGCUCCCUUUCCCUGUCCCUAUUUCUCAGAUAUACUAAUGACUUUAAAUGCAUGUUCUCUCCCCAGAUCCUGAUCUUGAAGUGUGUCUGCACACGAUGCGCCUCUUCCAGUCUGUGGUGCUUGAGUCAGAUAGCCUAAGACACUUCCAGAAUGAGCUUCACAAAUUCAUGCCACGGAUCAUGGAGCUAUCACAUAGCCGCAGCACCGAGCUCCAGGCAUUGGCCUGUGAACUGCUGGAGGAAAUGAAGAGGCUAGAGAAAGAGGGGUAAUGUGGGGAUACCCAAAUUCCUGUGUGAUGUCACCACUUGCAUGUGUCACUCCCUCCUUGUGAUGUCACUCCCUGCAUGUGAGGUCACUCCUGCUUAGUUACAAGUCCUGUUCAGCAUUCCAGUUAAUGAUGUGUUUAUCACAUUCACUAUUUAAAUGCAUUACGUUUACUGACACCAAUAUAGCUCUGUUUUGUUUGCAAAAUGUUUCGUUUUUUUCUUUUUUUCUACAUAAUCAAUAAACUUCCAUUUUACUGUGUUCAUGUUUUCAUUAUGAUUGAUAAUGUCACUUGGGGAUGACUUCGCCCUCUUGACAUGUUUCUAACGCAAAGUAGGACACAGUGGGGAUAUUAAUCUGACGUAACACUAUUAUCCUUAUUUAAAAUCCUUACACCAAGGAUCUAGAUCAGUAUUCAGCCUAGUUGUUAUAUCAAUGAAUAUCUAGAUCAGUAUUCAGCCUAGUCGUUAUAUCAAUGAAUAUCUAGAUCAGUAUUCAGCCUAGUCAUUAUAUCAAUGAAUAUCUAGAUCAGUAUUCAGCCUAGUCGUUAUGUCAAUGAAUAUCUAGAUCAGUAUUCAGCCUAGUCAUUAUAUCAAUGAAUAUCUAGAUCAGUAUUCAGCCUAGUCGUUAUAUCAAUGAAUAUCUAGAUCAGUAUUCAGCCUAGUCGUUAUAUCACUGAAUAUCUAGAUCAGUAUUCAGCCUAGUCGUUAUAUCACUGAAUAUCUAGAUCAGUAUUCAGCCUAGUCGUUAUAUCAAUGAAUAUCUAGAUCAGUAUUCAGCCUAGUCUUUAUAUCAAUGAAUAUCUAGAUCAGUAUUCAGCCUAGUCGUUAUAUCAAUGAAUAUCUAGAUCAGUAUUCAGCCUAGUCGUUAUAUCAAUGAAUAUCUAGAUCAGUAUUCAGCCUAGUCAUUAUAUCACUGAAUAUCUAGAUCAGUUUUCAGCCUAGUCGUUAUAUCACUGAAUAUCUAGAUCAGUAUUCAGCCUAGUCGUUAUAUCACUGAAUAUCUAGAUCAGUAUUCAGCCUAGUCGUUAUAUCAAUGAAUAUCUAGAUCAGUAUUCAGCCUAGUCUUUAUAUCAAUGAAUAUCUAGAUCAGUAUUCAGCCUUGUCGUUAUGUCAAUGAAUAUCUAGAUCAGUAUUCAGCCUUGUCGUUAUGUCAAUGAAUAUCUAGAUCAGUAUUCAGCCUAGUCGUUAUAUCACUGAAUAUCUAGAUCAGUAUUCAGCCUAGUUGUUAUAUCAAUGAAUAUCUAGAUCAGUAUUCAGCCUUGUUAUAUCAAUGAAUAUCUAGAUCAGUAUUCAGCCUAGUCGUUAUAUCAAUGAAUAUCUAGAUCAGUAUUCAGCCUAGUUGUUAUAUCAAUUAAUAUCUAGAUCAGUAUUCAGCCUAAUCGUUAUAUCACUGAAUAUCUAGAUCAGUAUUCAGCCUAGUCAUUAUAUCACUGAAUAUCUAGAUCAGUUUUCAGCCUAGUCGUUAUAUCACUGAAUAUCUAGAUCAGUAUUCAGCCUAGUCGUUAUAUCACUGAAUAUCUAGAUCAGUAUUCAGCCUAGUCGUUAUAUCAAUGAAUAUCUAGAUCAGUAUUCAGCCUAGUCUUUAUAUCAAUGAAUAUCUAGAUCAGUAUUCAGCCUUGUCGUUAUGUCAAUGAAUAUCUAGAUCAGUAUUCAGCCUAGUCGUUAUAUCAAUGAAUAUCUAGAUCAGUAUUCAGCCUAGUCGUUAUAUCACUGAAUAUCUAGAUCAGUAUUCAGCCUAGUUGUUAUAUCAAUGAAUAUCUAGAUCAGUAUUCAGCCUUGUUAUAUCAAUGAAUAUCUAGAUCAGUAUUCAGCCUAGUCGUUAUAUCAAUGAAUAUCUAGAUCAGUAUUCAGCCUAGUUGUUAUAUCAAUUAAUAUCUAGAUCAGUAUUCAGCCUAAUCGUUAUAUCAAUGAAUAUCUAGAUCAGUAUUCAGCCUAGUCAUUAUAUCACUGAAUAUCUAGAUCAGUAUUCAGCCUAGUCGUUAUAUCACUGAAUAUCUAGAUCAGUAUUCAGCCUAGUCGUUAUAUAAAUGAAUAUCUAGAUCAGUAUUCAGCCUAGUCUUUAUAUCAAUGAAUAUCUAGAUCAGUAUUCAGCCUUAUCGUUAUGUCAAUGAAUAUCUAGAUCAGUAUUCAGCCUUGUCGUUAUGUCAAUGAAUAUCUAGAUCAGUAGUCAGCCUUGUCAUUAUACAAAGAAGUAUGCAAUCCUCCUUGCCCCUCUCCCCUGGUAUUGUGUAGCUGACAGUUACUAUUGGCUAAAGUGGAUUGUAACAGGGAGUGAUACAGUUGCACAAUUGGCUUGCCUACUAAAUACUGCAAGUAUGUAAGAUCAAUUAAACGUGGAUCUAAUUAUAUGAAGUGUAUAAGUAGUCAAUAAAGCUGACAAGUGCUUUCGAGGGCACCCCUCUUAUGCCCCACACCUCCAAAGGAGAGACCAAUCAAAACAUGGAGGGGGUCUAAUAGAUAAUAAAACCGUCUCCUGGAAGAAUGCACUUUGUGGGGAAACAUGCGUCAGAAUGUAGAUGUACAGUGUGCAAAUCCUCUUCAUAACAGCUGUGUCACGGCAUGGUGCCUAAUUUAUUGUUGCACUCUAUAUAAUAUUGUCCUUUAAUGUAAUUUGUGUAGUGCAUAGAUGAACUGGCUGCCUGGCAGAGGUGGUAUUGUGAAUGUCAAAAGGGGGUUAAUUUGAUUGUAUGGGAGGUCAGAAGGUUUAUGGCUUUAAUUCCUCUUUGAAGCUGUGACCCCAGCAGAGCUACUCUGUAAGGUGUGAGAAGUUACACAUAAGUGGCCUGGAAGUGUAAUUUAAAUAUAAACUAACACUCUCUAAUUUGCCAUAUGUCUAGAUUCCCUCUUAGAUAGGGGGUCCUUUGAUAUGUUAAUGGACAUUAGCCUUGUGUUCCGGUAUCAUAUCCAAAAGAAACAUUAAUACUUACCCACAAACUAAUAAUUAAACCUAAUUUUUAUAUUUAGAAUGGGACAAGCAAGCACAAUCUUCUAAUCAAGCCUAAACAUGAUUUGUGUAACUUUACCAUAUGGGAAGGGAUUGUUUGCUACAUUGGGUCACAAGUAAGGAGUAUGACAUAUAUAUGGAAUGAAAAAAUGGUAACAAAUUCAUAGAUGCAAUUAUUUUUUCUGUGGCAAGUACAUAAGAGAAGAUAGAACCAAAUGUUUCCAUUUGGAUUGAUGUUGGUCUGGAACACAAGGGGGUGGUCACUUAUAGUUACUAUAGGUCCGCCUUAUCUCCCCCUCGGGGCCAGGCUAGGUAAUCCACAGGGUACAUCUCUUAACGAUAUUGAAGUGUGGAUUGUACUUGCUUGGGACCAAAAUCUAAUUUCGAAUGAGUCACCAUCUUCCUUGCCAGAGACCCCAUGGGCACAAGUUUUACUUUGGAAACCUGAGUAAGUGAUUAGGUCUUCUGUUAUUUUAUCCUUUUUGGUUUUUAUCUAUUGUUGGUGUAAAUAAUUUAUCAUCUAUUUUUUGUAUACACUGACUAUUUUUACUCAUAAUAAAUAUUCCUUUAUUAAGUUCUGCCUUUGUCUGGUAACAAAUCACGAUACCUGAAGUGACUAAUUAGUGGUUUGCAAUUGCUUAGAUAUUAUGUUGUAUUUGGUGGAUUUUUAUUAUUAAGUUUCCCACAAUGCUCUGUUCCCUCUGGUAGGUGGCUCUGUGUUACCCACAAUGCUCUGUUUGCGCCGGUAGGUGGCUCUGUGUUACCCACAAUGCUCUGUUUCCGCCGGUAAGUGGCUCUGUGUUACCCACAAUGCUCUGUUUCUAUCAAAUUUCCCUACCUUGUGAAAAUCCCUUACCCUCAUCACUUCCGGUGAGGGGAAUCCACUGGAUCCUGUGCUGCACAUGCGUGCUAGCACUCCUGCAACUCCUCCACAGCAAGGUCCUGGAAGGUAAGUAAAACUAGUUUUACACUUUCAUUAUAGUUAGUGCAUUCACUAAGCUUAGGCACAUGGGACAUUUAGGGUUAAGUGAGGGUUCAAAUUAGGGUUAGGUAAGUGAUUUUAACCUCUCUCACACUCUAUUCUUACCCUAACCCUUGGGGUAAGGGUUAAAAUAAAGUGUGAGAAAUCACUAUUUAGAAAUAUUCCCCUAAUGUGAAAUAUCACUAAAUAUGAACAAGUCCCUAAUCCUAAUUUGAACCCUAACAUUAACCCUAAAUGUCCCAUGUCCUAAGCUUAGUGAAUGCACUAACUAUAAUGAAAGUGUAAAACUAGUUUUACUUACAUUCCAGGACCUGGCUGUGUUACUUUUUUUCCAGGACCUGGCUGCGUUACUUACCUUCAAGGACAUGGCUGUGUUAUUUACCUUCCAGGACCAGGCUGUGUUAAUGGCUGUGUUAGUUACCUUCCAGGACCUGGCUGUGUUACUGGCUGUGUUAUUUACCUUCCAGGACCUGGCUGUGUUACUGGCUGACCUGGCUGUGUUACUGUGUUACUGACCUUCCAGGACCUGGCUGUGUUAAUGGCUGUGUUACUGACCUUCCAGGACCUGGCUGUGUUACUGGCUGUGUUACUGACCUUCCAGGACCUGGCUGUGUUACUGGCUGUGUUACUGACCUUCCAGGACCUGGCUGUGUUAAUGGCUGUGUUACUGACCUUCCAGGACCUGGCUGUGUUAAUGGCUGUGUUAUUUACCUUCCAGGACCUGGCUGUGUUAAUGGCUGUGUUAUUUACCUUCCAGGACCUGGCUGUGUUAAUGGCUGUGUUAUUUACCUUCCAGGACCUGGCUGUGUUAAUGGCUGUGUUAUUUACCUUCCAGGACCUGCCGCUGUGUUACUGGCUGUGUUACUGACCUUCCAGGACCUGCCUCUGUGUUACUGGCUGUGUUACUGACCUUCCAGGACCUGGCUGUGUUAAUGGCUGUGUUAUUUACCUUCCAGGACCUGGCUGUGUUACUGGCUGUGUUAUUUACCUUCCAGGACCUGCCGCUGUGUUAAAGGACCACUAUAGUGCCAGGAAAACAUACUCGUUUUCCUGGCACUAUAGUGCCCUGAGGGUGCCCCCACCCUCAGGGACCCCCUCCCGCCCGGCUCUGAAAAGGGGAAAGGGGUAAUAACUUACCUUUUUCCAGCGCUGGGCGAGAGCUCUCCUCCUCCUCUCCGCCUCCGUUCGGCCCGCCGGCUGAAUGCGCACGCGCGGCAAGAGCUGCGCGCGCAUUCAGCCUGUUGCAUAGGAAAGCAUUUACAAUGCUUUCCUAUGGACGCUGGCGUGCUCUCACUGUGAUUUUCACAGUGAGAAGCACGCAAGCGCCUCUAGUGGCUGUCAAUGAGACGGCCACUAGAGGAUUAGGGGGAAGGCUUAACCCAUUCAUAAUUAUAGCAGUUUCUCUGAAACUGCUAUAAUUAUGAAAAAAUGGGUUAACCCUAGAAGGACCUGGCACCCAGACCACUUCAUUAAGCUGAAGUGGUCUGGGUGCCUAGAGUGGUCCUUUAAUGGCUGUGUUAUUUACCUUCCAGGACCUGGCUGUGUUAAUGGCUGUGUUAUUUACCUUCCAGGACCUGGCUGUGUUAAUGGCUGUGUUACUGACCUUCCAGGACCUGGCCGUGUUACUGGCUGUGUUACUGACCUUCCAGGACCUGGCUGUGUUAAUGGCUGUGUUACUGACCUUCCAGGACCUGGCUGUGUUAAUGGCUGUGUUACUGACCUUCCAGGACAUGGCUGUGUUACUGGCUGUGUUACUGACCUUCCAGGACCUGGCUGUGUUACUGGCUGUGUUACUGACCUUCCAGGACCUGGCUGUGUUAAUGGCUGUGUUACUUACCUUCCAGGACCUGGCUGUGUUAAUGGCUGUGUUACUGACCUUCCAGGACCUGGCUGUGUUAAUGGCUGUGUUACUGACCUUCCAGGACCUGGCUGUGUUAAUGGCUGUGUUACUGACCUUCCAGGACAUGGCUGUGUUACUGGCUGUGUUACUGACCUUCCAGGACCUGGCUGUGUUACUGGGUGUGUUACUGACCUUCCAGGAACUGGCUGUGUUACUGGCUGUGUUACUGACCUUCCAGGACCUCGCCGUGUUAAUGGCUGUGUUAUUGACCUUCCAGGACCUGGCUGUGUUACUGGGUGUGUUACUGACCUUCCAGGACCUGGCUGUGUUAAUGGCUGUGUUACUGACCUUCCAGGACCUGGCUGUGUUACUGGCUGUGUUACUGACCUUCCAGGACCUGGCUGUGUUACUGGCUGUGUUACUGACCUUCCAGGACCUGGCUGUGUUACUGGCUGUGUUACUGACCUUCCAGGACCUGGCUGUGUUACUGGCUGUGUUACUGACCUUCCAGGACCUCGCCGUGUUAAUGGCUGUGUUAUUGACCUUCCAGGACCUGGCUGUGUUACUGGGUGUGUUACUGACCUUCCAGGACCUGGCUGUGUUACUGGCUGUGUUACUGACCUUCCAGGACCUGGCUGUGUUACUGGCUGUGUUACUGACCUUCCAGGACCUGGCUGUGUUACUGGGUGUGUUACUGACCUUCCAGGAACUUGCUGUGUUACUGGCUGUGUUACUGACCUUCCAGGACCUGGCUGUGUUACUGGCUGUGUUAUUUACCUUCCAGGACCUGGCUGUGUUACUGGCUGUGUUAUUUACCUUCCAGGACCUGGCUGUGUUACUGGCUGUGUUAUUUACCUUCCAGGACCUGGCUGUGUUACUGGCUGUGUUACUGACCUUCCAGGACCUGGCUGUGUUAAUGGCUGUGUUACUGACCUUCCAGGACCUGGCUGUGUUACUGGCUGUGUUACUGACCUUCCAGGACCUGGCUGUGUUACUGGCUGUGUUACUGACCUUCCAGGACCUGGCUGUGUUAAUGGCUGUGUUAUUGACCUUCCAGGACCUGGCUGUGUUAAUGGCUGUGUUAUUUACCUUCCAGGACCUGGCUGUGUUACUGGCUGUGUUACUGACCUUCCAGGACCUGGCUGUGUUAAUGGCUGUGUUACUGGCUGUGUUACUGGCUGUGUUAAUGGCUGUGUUACUGACCUUCCAGCUGACCUUCCAGGACCUGCUGUUAAUGGCUGUGUUACUGACCUUCCAGGACCUGGCUGUGUUACUGGCUGUGUUACUUACCUUCCAGACCUGGCUGUGUUACUGGCUGUGUUACUUACCUUCCAGGACCUGGCUGUGUUACUGGCUGUGUUACUUACCUUCCAGGACUGGCUGUGUUACUGGCAGUGUUACUGACCUUCCAGGACCUGGCUGUGUUACUGGCUGUGUUACUGACCUUCCAGGACCUGGCUGUGUUAUGGCUGUGUUACUGACCUUCCAGGACCUGGCUGUGUUACUGGCUGUGUUACUGACCUUCCAGGACCUGGCUGUGUUACUGGCUGUGUUAGUGACCUUCCAGGACCUGGCUGUGUUAAUGGCUGUGUUACUGACCUUCCAGGACCUGGCUGUGUUAAUGGCUGUGUUAUUUACCUUCCAGGACCUGGCUGUGUUAAUGGCUGUGUUACUGACCUUCCAGGACCUGGCCGUGUUACUGGCUGUGUUACUGACCUUCCAGGACCUGGCUGUGUUAAUGGCUGUGUUACUGACCUUCCAGGAUCCAGCUGAUUCCCCUCACCGGAAGUGACGAGGUGGGGAAUCUGAUAGACCAGCGGUUGGUUUCGCUGUUCGCGGUGCCAGCUGUUCGGUGACGUAGGUCCCUGGUUGCCAUGGUGAUAGAGACAUCAAUUCCCGCGUCAGAGCCUUUCGUUACUAAGCAACUGGGUGGGACAUGAAGAUGCUGACGUAAGAGAUACGUAACCGGGGCGUGGCCAUGCCUCGAUCGGGGCGGGGUUAGGGGCGUGUCUUGGAGCCAAGAUUAUUGGAGACACGUGACUCCGUCAUUUACUGACAGACCGAGCCGGGGGCCACACUGAGAGCCGGGAGCCAGGGGCCACACUGAGAGCCGGGAGCCAGGGGCCACACUGACAGUGAGUGUACCCCCCUAUAUCUCCCUGUACCCCCCUAUAUCUCCCUG